GCCCCGGGGGUAAAAAGGAAAAGCUGUCAUUCUCUACCAUCACUCUCAUGUAAUCCGAGUGUGGGCGGGAAUGUCAUUUACGUGAAGUUCUUUCUCGCAAGAGCACAAAACCUGCUGCUGACCCUGACAUAAGUAGGCACAAAGCCAUGGAAACCCAGGGAAGUUACACAAGGGUGCAAAACUGUUUAUGGAGCCAGAUCACACCCUGGACCCAAUAUUGCCUCGUAGGCAGUAAGUAGGUGGGGCUUUUGGCAUUUGCGUGGGAGCUCUCCAAUGAGACCCAGAGGAGGACAAGGCUACAACCUUCGGGUUUUCAUAACAGCAUCUCCCUCCAGUAGGGCUGAGGCAUGGGCGGAGUUUGACGAAACUAAAAUAAACACUGACACGCAGCAUCUCGCGAGUAUGUGCAGCCUCAGAAUGAUAGACUGCAAUAGCUAGAAGGACAGCUUAAAAUCUCUGGCAAGAUGAUCAAAUCCUUCAAGCAAACAUUUCUGUCCCUGGAUCUGCAGUCUCCUCGGUGGAGCUCAGCAGAGACAAUGGCAAAGGAUUAUGAACUACGUCAGUACGAGACGGCAAAGUGGGUCAGCACAGUCAUUAGGGGAGAAACCCAGAAGGAGGCGAUGCGCCAGGGCUUCUGGAAACUCUUCCACUACAUCCAAGGGAAGAAUGAGAAAGAAAUGAAAAUUGAUAUGACUGUGCCAGUGACAUGCCUGAUAAAAUCUGGCUGCGCAGACUUCAAGAUCUCUUUCUUUGUGCCGUUUGAACAUCAGGACUCUCCACCACAGCCCACCGACUCAGAUGUGUUUAUUGAAGAGCGGAAGGCAGCACCCAUCUUUGUCCGGUCCUUUGGUGGAUUUGCCUCCCCAGAGAAAUACACUGAGGAAGCUGAAGUCUUGGCCAGAAUCUUAAGAAACAGAGGCCAACCAUUCCAUGAAGACUUCUUUUAUACUGCAGGCUAUGACAGUCCCUUCAAGCUCUUUAACAGGCACAACGAAGUGUGGUAUUUUAAAAAGUAAUGUGGUGGUAGGGAAUAUUAGGAGGCUACUAAUCAGCUCUGAAAGAAAACAGACCUUAUUAAUGGCUUUUGCUUUAGUGCAGAAGAUAUUUAAUUUGCACAGCGACACAGGAUCAUGUCCAAUUCAUUUUUCUCUAGGAUGAAAUACUAGCCUGGCUAGAAAGGUUUCAGCUCUUCUACAAGAUGUAACUUAAAUGUAAGUAGAUUGUACCCGCUGGAGUGGGAAGGAGAUAUGACAAACCUAUUCCUCUUACUGAAGGGUUCUAGGGACCACUAAUAAUCUGAAAAUAUUCCUGCAGAAGUUUGGAUGUCUAGUUUUACUUCUAAUGAGAAGUGCUACAGCAAUAGCUCAAGUGUUAUGGAGAAUGAGUUCUUCACAGAGCUGACUUUUCCCAUAUUGAUAUUACUCCUGAGACAACAGAAAGAUGGGGGAAAUUAAAUGAAUUUUUCAGAGAAGAAACCUACCAUAAAUGAAUUUUGGGAAGCAGCAAUACCUUAGCAGGCUCUAGUGCCUCAUAAGCAGUAACAUUUUUUUUUAAAUAGUAUUAUCAAAAUCCCCCACCUCUCCAGUCAACUAUUUUUUUUUCCUCAUGGAAGCUGGAUGCUGUCUUGCUCCAGACUAACGCCAGUAACCAUAUUAGCCUAAGAGUCCAGUAGAAAAGGGUUAACAGUGUCCAAGCUGUAUGCUUAUUCUGUGCACACCAUCUGUGCCUGAAAAUGUAAUACCAGGCUUACUGCAGGCCUGUAAUUUUAGGAGCAAAUACACAAGUAGUAGUGUUUAGCUUGCCUACAAAACACUAAUUACUACUUCCAUUAUUUAGCUUUGUCCAGGUCUCAGUAUUGGUCAGCUCAACCGCAGUCUGCACACUAGCAAUAUCUGACCCCUAAGUUAAGACACUUGGAGGACUAGCAUUUAAACUAGUUUAAUCCCUGCUCUAAAAUCAAGCAUUUAAAAGUAGGCUAGAGCUGUUUUACAGCAAGCUGUUCAAGUCAGAAAGUUCACAACAACAGGCAGAGUUUACAAAUUUUUAUUCAUUCCAAUCAGUAUCAGGCAAACAUUACCAGUGUGGUAAAAAAAAAAUCUUGGCUUUUUUAAUGCUGUUCAUGCAAGUGUAACCCAUUAUUCUGCAAUCUUCCACCUAUUAAGACAGACAUAAGAAUCAUUACAAGACACAAGAAUCAUUACAAGACACCAAACCAGCACAAGAAGCUUGCUUGGGAACAACUCAGACCUUAGAUUUUCAUCUCUGUUCAGAGAGAGAGUUCAGGCUAAGGUUCUCAUCAUUUGUUCCAGCAAAUAAAUUUCAUUAUUACUACA